GUUGCCGCCCACAAGGACCUAUUCGAGACCAUCAGUGAGGCGCACUACCUCCCGGAACUGGACGGACCACACGACGAGACUUUGCUGGAGUCGUUGGUCGAAAAAGGUUGCGAGGACAACCAGAUUCUCGGGCAAGCGCUAGACAAGUUGGCGCACCUCGUGCACGGGUCUGGCGAGUACGCCGAUGAGGAAGAGGACAUGUUGCUCGGUGAAGCCCCGGUCGCUGACAUCAUCGACCGGCUGGAACAGUCGCUUGAGUCUCCAGGGCAAAGCAGCAUUACUGCGGCGCAAGGCCUGUUGCAUCUACACCAUAUAGGAGAUCACUUACCACCACCCGAGCACCGGCAAACGGUUGAGCCGACGUUUAUACCGGAUCAAGUGUUCCCACGUGAGGAUCGAACCGAAUGUUCACUAGAAACCAUAAGUGGCAAUACGGAUAUGAGAGGGACGAAUGAAGUGAGCAAUAUAGGAUUUGACCAUAGUGCCGAAAAGAUGCUACAAAAUGACGUCAUAUCAAAUGAUACGAUGUAUACUGAACCCGUACCUGAUCCCAGUGGGACCUACAUAGAAAAAUCGUUUGAUGAGCAACGAAGAGAUUUGACGGAGCCCGCGUACUCCGAUAUUAGUGAAGUGAAUGAGCCUAGCAAUGACACGGAAGCUGCCGAUCACAUGGAGGAGAAAUGCGUACCCGACGAGCAAACGUGCAACGAGGAAGUGAUGGCAUCCGCAAUACACGGCACAGACAAUAUCAAAGAUAUGGACGAUAUUAGCAAUGACGAAAUGCCCACCGACCUGAGCAUAAAGAGCUUCGAUAAGGGAAUAAUCCAACACGUGGUGGCGAGCGAUGCUCACACGACUAACGCUAUGGAGGACAAUCUUUCAGAGAAAAGUGACGAACAACCUAAAGAUUUAAGUGUGCAUCGGCGUUUACCCACUCCGCAUGCGUCGCCGCGCAGGAUGGACAUACCACGGGCGCCCUCGAGAGAGUCGGAUGCGAUGCAGUCGCCGCAACCGAGCGGGAUUCCUGCCGUACCAUCCUCGCCAGAAAUAUUUACUAUGCCACUAACAAAAAGUAAACAAACCUUAUUUUUGGAAACGUUGCUUUCUUCGCCCUCGCCUAAAAUGUAUACAUCGGAGGUCACGAUAACAAAACAGCAAUGCGAGCCCUUAAAUUUGGGUAAACAUAGAAAAUCGGCCAGCCCCACGGUCUCCAGCUGUUCUGAUGAAAUGCGAAAACUUAAUAAAGAAUUCGGUGAGCCACAGGAGAAAAAAAUUAGAAGAGAGUCUAACGAGGACCUCGUCAAAAUAACUAAAGUUUUUAAUAGGUGCAGUGAAGAUCAAAGCGUCGAUAGAUCUAAAAAGCCUGAAAGAGUCGCCCAAAAACCGACCGGCGAGACACCCCCGUUGAAACAAUUACAUCUUUUGAUAACAAGUUCCGAAUUUAACAUUCCAGAUCCCCUUUUAGUCCCUAAGGAUAAGCUUAACGCGAUCAUUGCGGCCCCAGGCAAAGAAAUACCGAGGUUAUUGAUGCAGAGACCGGAAUUAAUGCUGCCGGCGGCGUUCGCUUUUCCCUCGGUCUUGCAAGAUCCAGAUAUAAGCGUCGUGGCGCUGUCACAGUUGGAGCAAAUGAUUAUUGAAAACGAUCAGAAAAAGUUACCAUCUCCAAAGACAAGAGAAUCUAAGUUGGCGCCACCGAAGAGCUCUGCCACGGUCAUCAGUUCGAGUGCAGAAAAAUCCAACACGCCCCAACCUGAUCAGACGAACCAACCCAAGCCGAUACCAUCUAUGGACGCUUUGGCCGGUGACAUAGACGCCGCCACAUCCGCGGCCCUCAACCAGAUG